UCUUUCCACCGCACCUUUCGAGGCUUUCCUCCUCUGUCCCUCUGAAUCCUCAGAUGGCGAAGCUUUACAUGGUCCACUCGCCGCCGGCGGAGGGCGAAGUGGCUCGCUCCGGCAUUAGCUAUGAAUGAACUCAAGGGGGGCUUCGUCCUCUUCCUCUUGCUUCUUUAAUCGGUCUGUUUCUCGACUUCCUCUGGGCCUGUGCUGUGCUCGAGGAGCAGAUGAACAGCUUCUGUGCGGUGGUAGGAGGCCGUCCUCCUUUCACGGCGGCGCAGUGGCAAGAGCUGGAGCACCAGGCACUGAUCUUGAAGUAUCUAAUAACAGGAGUGCCCGUGCCGCCGGAGCUCAUCGUUCCCAUACGGAGGACCUACGAGGCCUUGGCUGGACGAUAUUUUCAGUCUUCGAUGAGCUACUAUUCCUACUACGGGAAGAGUCCAGAUCCAGAACCAGGGCGUUGUCGCCGGACCGAUGGAAAGAAGUGGCGUUGCUCCAAGGAUGCAUACCCUGGCUCCAAGUAUUGUGAGCGCCACAUGCACCGUGGCCAUAACCGUUCAAGAAAGCCUGUGGAAUCACAAACUGUGUCCUCAACACAGACAACCUCGUCAACCUCCACAUCCCAUUCUCCCUGCGGUAACAAUGCUAGCAGCAGCGGAGUUAGAAAUUUCCAGAAUAUUGCUGGUCCUAGCAAUAGUAGUAGUCCAUGCCUCAGUGUCCCCAAUGUAUCUCAGCUACCCUUGGACACCUCCACCCUGAGCAAUAGGUAUUUCACUGGAUUUAAAGCUGAGGUGGAUGAGCAUAGUUUCUUUUCUGAAGCUCCUGGAAGUGAAAGGCACCUUGCGUUAGAUAACUCCUGGCGCUUUUCGACACCGGCAUCUAUAUUUCUGCAGUCAAAAUUCCAAGAUUCCUCCGCUCGGCAGAAUGCAAAUGCUCAACUUCAGUCGGCAAGAGAACUUGGGCAGGUUACUCUUCGCAAAUCAUUUGGAAGGGAUUUCAAUUUGACAGAGCCCGUGAAACACGACACUCAGUUCCUCCGACCUUUUUUUGAUGAAUGGCCCAACGCAAGAGAAUCAUGGUCAGACCUUGAGGAAGACAGAUCGAACCACCACCCAACCUCAUUUUCCACAACCCAGCUUUCCAUUUCGCUUCCCAUGGCCUCACCAGCCUUCACCAACACCUCUUCCAGGUCACCGAAUGAAGACUGAGACUGGAAUCCUAAAUCCUUGUUAUCUUUCACUGAAUCCCCCAACAACUUGCUUUCAGAAAGGUCUCAAGGUGAACUACACUUGUGCUGGGAACUCAUUAAUAUCGCAUAGGAACUGCAUACAGGAAGUUGUCUAUCUGGUUAAAGACACAGAUGCCUCACUUGCAAGCUUGUUAUGUAUGAGUUUUUAAGUAUUGUAUUGGUUGAAUGGGCGAAGAUAGUUUGAUUUCUCAA